AUGAGAGCAACUUUUGCAGACAUGAAUUGGAAGGUGCUGGCUGGUGUUUUAUUGGUAUUGUACGUGUCUGUUACUACUACCAAGGAAAUAAGAGACACUGCCUCUAACAUCCAAAAUGGUUUAUCAGUAGCUAAGGAACUUGGUGACUUUAUUGUGGCUAAAAAUUUCAACAAUGUCAUUGGAAAACUGGCUACUGCUGUAACUCCCUAUCUCGGGAUCGUUGGACCCUUCGUUUCCUUCAUCAUGGGAUUUCUCGGACAAUCUGAAUCAGCCGAACUUAAAUCCAUUAAACGUCUGUACAAAGAAGUUGACAAUCGAUUCGAUAAAGUUGAUUUAGAAUUUGAUGAAGUGAAAUACCUGUUUGAUUGGAGUAAAAUAGAACAGUAUUCUAGUGCUGAGCAAAAUAUUAAUGCUGUUAAUACGGACUUGGAAUAUAUCUACACAUUUUCAACAGGAGUUUUGAAGACUGUAACCUCUACCUUCGUUGAUAACUUCAAUACUGUUUAUCAAGAUAGUGGUACAAUACUCUAUGACGGCAUCAUGAAUGAAGGACAGGUGUUUGGGGAUGGUCUUUUUAGUGCUGUCGUCAAGCAAACCAAGUACAACAGAGGAAAAAGCCAAACCUUUAUGCUGGGGCUUCUUAAAUUGUUGAUGAAAGCAGCAAAGUUGGAACUGACUUACCAUCAACUGAAAGGUCACACAGCAGCUCUACAUGAUUACCAAAACCUAUGGAGUACUCGAUUUACCCAUAUCAGAUCCAAAAUGAUGUCUACAGAUAACUAUAUUGUCAAUCACCAUCAUACUUAA